UAAAGCUGCAGAGUGCCAAAAAAAGAAGCAGUUUCAUUCAGGUUUUGCAGAAAUGAAGAGCUCUUGUGUCCUAUUCCUCGCUCUGAACUUCAUUACAUACGUGCAUGGGAAAAUUCAAACUUGCCAACAAUAUUGCUACUGCUAUUCAGCUAAUGGCGACUACACGAUGACGCCGUUUGGAAAUAAAUAUUUGAAGCAAUCAUCGGAGCCAAACGUUGUUACCGGAGCACCUACUUCAGCUGCAAUUGGGAUUUUUCCAGAUCGCGACCUAUGUGGAGAAAAUCAGGUUCUCUUCAAUGGACGGUGCCGUGGUGUAACACAAACUGGAAGAAUGUCUGAAUCUGGAACACUUGUCGCUCCAAAUAGAAUGCGUUGCGGGGCUGGUCAAUUCAACUUCAAUGGCAGAUGCAGAAACACCAUUCCAUAAAUUAUCCUAAGGUUUUUUUCUUUAAAAAGCUUUGAAAUUACCAUGUAUAGUCUUAAUAUUAAAUCUCAGCACUUGGUUUAGUUUUAAGAUUGUUUUAAUUGAUAUGCAUCACUGGACCAAUACUGUAUCCCAUGAUUCAUCGUUUCGUUUUUAUACAUUAAAAAAUAUUAAAUUGAAUUAACAAUUGAAAAUAAAAGUACCUAAAAUAAAGUUUUUAAUUUUAAAUGUAUUUAAGAGGGGAGAAAUGCUAGAUUUUGACGAUGUAUUCUCAAAACCCAAAUUAUAUUUCGAUUUUAUUAAUUAAAUUAUCCAAAGAUUUUGAGUAAAAUUUUCACGGCUCUUUAUACAUCCAGAAUUACGUCAUCGAAGGGUUCAUUGUUCAUAGCAAGCUUGAAAUAACAUACACAUCUUUAUGCAUGACUCUGGAGAAACACAAUGGGCGCGUGUCGAGCGAGAGUUGCACAUUGACUGUGCAUGUGCCGCGUUUAUUCAAAGUCAUAGCCAAGCAAGCAGAACCCACCGUUUUCACACCCCAAACCAGUGCGUGAUCAUUCUCACAUUACACUGCUCUACCAUC